GUGCAGUGUCGGGCGGCACGGCGGCGGCGGAGCACAGUGCGUGCCGAACAGUGACAGCGACGAGCCGAGAACCGUGGCUGGAGGGUUCUGUCAGAACUAUAGCAACUCAAGUGACCAGGACUAGACUGAGUGCUACUUCAACCAGUCGUCGGCUGUUCAAAGCCGGGCCCGCAGCGGCCCAGGCCGUGUGCAGCCGAAAUCGACUGGCAGCGUUCAUCAGGCGUUCAGCUCCGCGGCCAGGCGUAAACUCGAAGACCGAAAAGCACCAAAAUGACGGUCCCGCAAGCCUGCACAGCACUAAGGAUGCCCACCCGCUGCGGUCGUCUGCUGCUGCUGGUGCCACUACUGGUCGUGGCGCUGAAUGUCUGGUGGGGCGGCUGGCGGCCGCCGCUCGACGUCCCGGCCGGCCGGCCUCUGCUGCACAGAGAGGACAGCGCAGACACCGCGCGCAUCAUCAGUCAGGCCGUCUGGCAGGCAUCCAAACUGGAUCCGUCUCAACCCAUUAGCCAACAGCCGCCGAUCCACGGUCCCAGGUCGUCCACUCGACCACCCUACAACCAACAACCGGGACCCACAGGUCCCCAGUUGUUCACUCAGCUGUCCACCAAGCAGCCGCAGCCACACGGAGGUUCUUCUCCAUCUCCUCGGCCCACUGUCAGCCCACAGUCGUCAGAGAAGUCCCCUAAUCCCAUCCCUCGGAUCCCACUCAAACACCAGAAACCAAACGAAAGUUCGUCUCCGCAGCCGGCUCCCGGCAAUCCGACAGUAGCUUUGCAAUCGACCGAGAAGGAUUCCUGGUCCUCACAAAUUGUUCGACUGCCACCAAAAUCGAUUCCCGAAAAGUCAUUAAAACCGAACGGCACGCGCACCAUCCUCUUCUGGAACAAGUUCUACAACAACGCCGACUUCUACGUCGGCUAUGGCAAGAAGCCGUUCAUCGGCUGCCCGCAGAGCAACUGCGCCACGACCAGCAACCGGUCGCACUUGGCGCAAGCGGAUGCCGUUCUCUUCCACAUGCUGAACGCGGUGCUGCCGCUGCCGGCACGCCUGCCGCACCACCGCUUCGUGUUCUUCCUGAAGGAGCCACCGAUGCUGGCCCACAUCCGCAGCCCCAAGUACCGUGGUGUGUUCAACCUGACGAUGACGUACCGUCGCGACUCGGACGUGGUGAACGACUACUUCUCCACGCUGUCCGGCGCCGAGCUGACGCCGCUGCCCGACAUCGGCAACCGCUCCAAGCCCGUCGCCUGGAUCGUGUCCCACUGCGAGACGCCCAGCGGCCGCGAGCUGUACGUCGACGAGCUGCAGCGCUACAUCGACGUCGACAUAUACGGCAAGUGCGGCCCGCUGAAGUGUCCGACCAAAGCGCACGGUGGCAAAAACCGCUAUGAGUGCUACCGGACCGUAGCCAAACACUACCACUUCUACCUGGCGUUCGAGAACUCGCAGUGCAGAGACUAUGCGACGGAGAAGCUGUCUCUGCCGCUGCGCUACGGCAUGGUGCCUGUGGUGCUGGGAGACAGCCGGCACCUGUACGAACGCAUCGCGCCGCCCGGCUCCUUCAUCCACAUCAGCGACUUCGCCGGACCGCAGGAGCUGGCCGAGCACCUGCACUACCUGAUGUCCAACCGGACGGCGUACCAGCGCUACUUCCAGUGGCGGAGCCGGUACCACGUGGUGGACGGCACCGGCUGGUGCCGGCUGUGCAGCUACCUGCACGAGCAGCACGCGCCGCAGUACUACGACGAUAUGGGCAGCUGGUGGGUGGACGGCGGCGCCUGCAACUACGACACCGUCAUACCGGAGCCGCCGACCGGCGACGAGACGGCCGCGGCGCGAGCCGGCAGCAGCGGCGCAGCGUGACGAGCGCCGGCCGCCCAGCCGCGGCUGGUGGCCGCGCGCCUCCGCACCUCCCUCAUCACACCAGGGGGCUGGAGUACUCCUCGACUGCGGGUGUUUUAACGUUGUGGCCUUGUAAACGCUGUGAGAUGAGGCAUAAUGUCCGUCAAUGUGCAAUGUUCUUGCUGUCCGGGUCGACCAUGUUUGGCUAACACGUACUUUGUAGUUCGAGUGGUGGGCAACAAUAGUGCUAGCUAAUUGAUCCAGAUAGAAUGGAGACGGUACCUUUCGCAUGUGAUUAGCAUGAGUUAGCGUUUUGAGCGAGCAUUGGUCGUUGAGCUAGGAUAGGGGCAGACUACGCCAAGCUGUGCGGACAGCAGACACAUGAAAACUUCUGUCUGAAAUUUCUACUAAUUAGCAAAAAUGUUGGUAUGUUUGUGAAAAAAAAAAACGAGAUACGAAAUGUACACACUAGCUCUGACUAGAAAGAGUCCUUACAUUAAUAUCAAUCCAUCCGUCCACACACCUUGAAUUGUACUCACAAAUACUUAUGUCAUGGCAGCAAUGUAAUAGUGAGAAAUGGCUCACGGUUCCACCCGCAAAACGCCAUGACAUUCCCAAUUAGGUUACCAAUGAACAUCAGUGAUAAAGCUGUCCGGCAAAGGCAGUAGAGUGAGCAUUUCAUGCUUUGAAUGACUUAUUUAUUAAAUAGCUCAUGAGUGAAUGUAGGAG